GCCUGGGGGCGUGGCCUUAGCGCUUCCGGGGGCGGGCCCUAUUCCGGGGCGGGGCCUUCUGGAGCCACGCCACGCCCUGCCCGAGGCCUGGUCACUUCACCCACACUGCGCUCGGCAGCUGCGGUCUGCACCAGCCCUUCGGAGGCGAUCCAGAGCCGAGAUGGCCGUCCUCUCCAAGGAGUACGGGUUCGUGGUCCUGACCGGGGCCGCCAGCUUCAUCAUGGUAGCGCAUCUCGCCAUCAACGUCUCCAAGGCCCGCAAGAAGUACAAGGUGGAGUAUCCCACCAUGUACAGCACGGACCCUGAAAACGGGCACCUCUUCAACUGCAUCCAGCGAGCCCACCAGAACACGUUGGAAGUGUACCCUCCCUUCUUAUUUUUCCUCGCGGUGGGAGGUGUGUACCACCCGCGAGUCGUUUCGGGCUUGGGCUUGGCCUGGAUCGUGGGACGAGUUCUCUAUGCCUACGGCUACUACACAGGCGAGCCCAGCAAGCGGAGCAGGGGGGCCCUGGGCUCCAUCGCCCUCCUCGGCCUGAUGGGCACCACUGUGUGCUCCGCCUUCCAGCACCUCGGUUGGGUUAAAACCGGCUUGGGCGGUGGGUCCAAGUGCUGCCAUUAAGGGUGGGCAGGGUGUUAAAAACUCUCAUUCAUUUUGAAUGACUUACUUUUAUUUCCAGUUACUUUUUUUUUCUAAAUAUAAUAAAAUUUAUCUGGCACCAGCCUCCUAAGUAA